GGCGCCGCAGCUCGGUGGGCAGGGCCUUCGGUUCCGUAACGCUCACAAGCUCUGGAGGAAGCAAGGUUUCCCGAAAGUCAGCUGCGGCGGCCCCGGCGGACAGGACAGGCUCUGUACCACUCGCCAUUUUUGAACCUGGCCUUUGGGGGAGUAACGCGCUUAUUUAUCACACAUAAGCCUUUUAUUUUUUCUUCCUUUUAACACACAGGACAGCUCUCCAUAAUGAUGGAAAUGGAGGUGAUGCAUUCAACCCAGCAGGACAUGGACCUGAUAGACAUUCUGUGGAAUCAGGACAUUGAUCUCGGCGCCAGGCGCGAGGUGUUCGACAUCCACCACCGCCAGAAGGAGCAUGCGCUGCAGAAGCAGCUGCAGCUGGAGGAGGAGAAGAGGCUUCACUUGAUGCGGGAGCAGGAGAAGGCCCUGCUGGCGGAGCUGCAGCUGGACGAGGAAACGGGAGAGUACAUACCCCGCCCGCCACCCAGCGCCGCUCUGCAGCCGGCUGUCACACCCCUGGAGGUUACUCAGAAUGCCGGCUUCACGCAGGAGACAGGUGACGGCAUGUCGUUUGAUGAGUGUUUGCAGCUGCUGGCUGAGACAUUUCCCGUAGAGCAAACUCAGACUCCCUCGGUGUGCCUGGAGACGCCUGCUGUUUCAGUACCCGCCAGCAGCACCAUGAUGAUGAUGUCCCCCGAGCAGCCGGCUCUGUCGCCUGCCGCCCUCUCCUCAGGUCAGCCGGCUCCGCCGCAGAGGAUGUCUCCAGAUCUGGAAGAGGCCUGGAUGGAGCUUUUGUCCCUCCCUGAGCUGCAGCAAUGCCUGAACAUGCAAAUGGAAGACACGCUGCAGACCACAAAAUACCCUGACCCAGCCAGCGCUGAAGCACAGACUCCAAGCUAUCCCAGCUAUCCCCCAGUCCAAGCUCCUAUUUUUAGCCAGCUGACCAGCAUCAACAACGUCGAAACAAACAGUCUAAAUGUCGGCCCCGCAGAGUUAAUGAACACGUUCGAUGGCGCCGUUCCCGGCAUGCCUCCGUCGGAUGCUUUCAGACAGCUAAAGGCAGACGCCCCCCAGCUAGAUGCAAGCUUCAGCGGAGAAGGUUUCGACGGGGUGUUUUAUCCUCCAGCUGAGCAGGACGAGUGCAGCAGUCAGCACAGCCAAGGAGAAAAUGAAAGAAUGUGCGACUCUCCCAACAAAGUCGCCUUUACGCACAUGGACCUUUACAGCCUCUCCCCCGGGGAUUCGAUCCACGGCAGCAAACGGAGUCUGACAGCGGAACAUCAUGACUCGGAUUCGGGAGUCUCCACCAGCGGAAGCCCGAACGCGAGGUCGCCGGGCAGAUCCGUGCACGGAGGCGGGUCCCUUGGUUACAGUGACUCGGAGAUGGAAGAGAUGGACCAGAACCCUGGCAGUGCAGAGUCCCACUACUCUGACAUGUUCUCGUUGAAUUUCGAACUUGAUCACCUCACGGCGUCAGAGCCGCAGUCGGAACUGACGGGGCAGCCCCAGCAGCAGGAAAAGAAACCUGAACACGGCGCGGCGGGCCUGGCAGAGGAGAGCGGCCAAGACGACGCUCCUUUCACCAAAGACAAACCCAAGAGGCGCUCCAACGGGCGUCUCACCCGAGACGAGCAGAGGGCCAAGGCCCUCGACAUACCCUUCACCGUCGACAUGAUCAUCAACCUGCCCGUCGACGACUUCAACGAGCUGAUGUCCAAGCACCAACUGAAUGAAGCCCAGCUGGCCCUGGUCCGCGACAUCCGCCGCCGCGGCAAGAACAAGGUGGCCGCGCAGAACUGCCGCAAGCGCAAGAUGGAGAACAUCGUGGGCCUGGAGGGGGAACUCGACUCGCUGAAGGAUGAGCGAGAUCGGCUGCUGAGCGAAAAGAGCAAGAACACAAAGAGUCUGAAGGAAAUGAAGCGGCAGCUCAACACCUUGUACCUGGAGGUCUUCAGCAUGCUGAGAGACGAGAAGGGAAAUUCGUACUCUUCCUCGGACUACUCCCUGCAGCAGUCGACGGACGGCAGCGUCUUCCUCGUCCCGCGCAUUAAAAAGACUUUCAAGAGCGAAGAAAGCCACUUGUCUCCUUUGUAACCUGGUACUGCAUCAUAAUUGGAUACUAUGCAAUAACUUUGAAUUCACUCAGCUUUAAACUUUAGUAGCUCGACAGCACUGCUGUAAAUUCUGCUUACUCCUCGUGAAUGUUAUGUUUUUUUUUAUAUUUUACUUUUAUACUCUUAUAUCCUCACAGAUUCUUUCACCAAUAGUUUGUAAAUAUAAGCAUAACCUGCUUUUGAGAUUAAGAAUGUUACUGUACCUGUGUAUAUAUGUAUGUGAGCGUGUGUGUGUGUGUGUAUAUAUAUAUAUAUAAAGAUAUAUAAAAUAUAUUUCUGUAUGGCUCAUGAUUGAUUGAAUA